AUGUCUACUUUCGAAAAAGUCGUCGUCAUUGAUGGUAAGGGCCAUUUAUUAGGUCGUUUGGCUUCUACUGUUGCUAAGCAAUUGUUGAAUGGUCAAAAGAUCGUUGUUGUCAGAGCUGAAGCUUUGAACAUCUCCGGUGAAUUCUUCAGAAACAAAUUGAAGUACCACGACUAUUUGAGAAAGGCUACUGCUUUCAACAAGAAACGUGGUCCAUUCCACUUCAGAGCUCCAUCUAGAAUCUUCUACAAGGCUGUUAGAGGUAUGGUCUCCCACAAGACUGCUCGUGGUACUGCCGCUAUGGAAAGAUUAAAGGUCUUCGAAGGUGUCCCACCACCAUACGACAAGAAGAAGAGAGUUGUUGUUCCACAAGCUUUAAGAGUCUUAAGAUUGAAGCCAGGUAGAAAGUACACCACUUUGGGUAAGUUAUCCACUUCUGUCGGUUGGAAAUACGAAGAUGUUGUCGCUAAAUUAGAAGACAAGAGAAAGGUCCAAUCCGCCGAAUACUACGCCAAGAAGAAGGCUUUCAACAAGAAAUUGGCUGUUGCUACUGCUGCUGCUGCCGAAUCUGAAGCUGCUAAGAAAUUGGCUACUUUAGGUUACUAA